UUCAUUGAUUUUGUCGUAUAAAAACCUGAAUCGACUCUUUAUUGAAACGACAAACAUGUGAAAUAAGAAAAGUCACUCAGUUUAGGGUUAAGAUCCUGUGAACGAACUAAUAAUCUUAAUAAAACAUUAAAGCAGAGAGAAACUGUUGGUCUUAAAGUAUCAGAGAUUCUUUACAGAGUUAAAAUCAUGUCAUUUACAGAAGUAUGAAGAGCGUCUUUAAGAGUUAGUAAUAAUUAGUAGUAGUAAAGUAGUAAAGUAGUAAAGUAGUAAUUAUAAUUUUAGAACAAACGUUAAAUCCAGACGUGUUUCUGUUAUUGGUGUUCAUUUAUGGACCCGCUGAAGAACAUUAAUCCUGUAAAUCCUCGUUUAAAAGUGACGAUUGAAACCAUGUGAGAGAAAAUCAAACUGAACUUCAGAUUCUGUCUGACUGUCGAGGAAACUGAAGAAUUAUUGAUCAUCUGUUGGUGUGAAGAGGAUGAAGUCGGUUCCUUAUUUAGGUUUUACUCCAAACCAAGAAUAAAAACUGUUUUUAUCUUCGAUCAUUGUAAUCCUGCGUUUCCUCGGUCCUGGAGUCCCUCAGGGUUCGGUCUGCGGCCUCCUCUCUGCGAUUAUCGGCAAACACGAUCCUCCUUUGUUAACGUUUGGAGGUCAGUUAUAACCUUCUCACUCUGAGGAACCUGGUCUGGUCUGUAAGCAGAGGACCUCCUCCAGGAGAGGUCUUAGAUGUUAAUUGAUCGAUCUGAUCGAUCUGAUCAGUGAUGAUCAGCCGACCACCACCUCUUCAACUUUGACCUCUUAGUUAAAAACAUCAUAGUGAAGUCCUGAAGAACAAGAAGGUUAAAGGUCAUCAAGUCCAAAUCAAUAAUGAUCAAUAAUGAUCAAUGAAAUCGUUUUAAACUGAGUGAAAACUGCUGAUCGUUUCAACGAGAACCAGAACGAGUAAACCUGAAAUAUUCCUAUCAAUCAAUCAAUCCAUCAAUCAAUCCAUCAAUCAGUCAGUCAAUAAUCCGUUUUCUUUGUCCCGACAGCCUUCCUCCAAACGUUCCUUCGACAGCGUCACUUCCUCCCAAACUUCAUCCAGGUGAGACUGAAACUCGUCUGUCAGUAAUCUGAGGACCUGAGGAGGUGCUGCUCACCUUCAGACACCAGGGGGCAGUAUCACACCUCAGCAGGGCCUGGACUGACUCUGUGUGUGUCUGUGUGUGUGUGUGUGCAGGGAUGGGGGAUCAUGGCGGGGGUUUCUCAGGAUCAGACAGACCGUCGUUUCAUGCUCCGCCCACAUCAGCGCAAACACAGGUAAAAACACGUGUCUCUGAUUCUGAUAAUAAUAAUUAAAAAUAAAUAAAUAAAUAAAAUAAUAAUAAUAAUCAUAGAAAUAAUAAUAAUAAUAAUAAUAACAACAAUAAUAAUAAUAACAACAAUAAUCACAACAAUAAUAAUAAUUAAAAAUAAUAAUAAAAAAGAUAAUAAUAAUUAAAAAAAAUUAUAAUAAUAAUAAUGAUAAUAAUGAUGAUAAUAAUAAUGAUGAUGAUGAUAAUGAUUAUGUCUUUACUUUGAAUAAAUUCCUCACACUGAAAACUUCAGACACCAUAAAAAACAGACUUUAUUAAAAGUCCAUCCCUGCAGAAUUUCACCUCUUUACUAAAAGAAUUAUUUCUUACUUUUCUGAAACAUUUAAACUUGAAAACAUUUCCUGGUUUUCUAAAAAGUUUGACGUAAACAUUUCUUCAGUCGACAGAUUUACAGAAUUUUAACGAUCUGCUCCGUUAAUGAAUGAACCCCUAACUUAAAGACACUUAAAUAAAAUUUAACAAACUUAAAUAAACUUAAAUUAUAUGAACUUUAGUGAAUUUAAUGAACUUUAAUAAACUCAAAUAAACUUAAACAAACUUAAAUAAACUUAAAUAAACUUAAAUAAACUUAAACAAACUUAAAUAAACUUAAACACACUUAAAUAAAAUUUAACAAACUUAAAUAAACUUGAAUUAUAUGAACUUUAGUGAAUUUAAUGGACUUUAAUAAACUUAAAUAAACUUAAAUAAACUUAUAUAAACUUAAACAAACUUAAAUAAAAUUUAACAAACUUAAAUAAACUUGAAUUAUAUGAACUUUAGUGAAUUUAAUGGACUUUAAUAAACUUAAAUAAACUUAAAUAAACUUAAAUAAACUUAAAUAAACUUAAAUAAACUUAUAUAAACUUUAAUAAACUUAAAUAAACUUAAAUAAACUUAUAAAAACUUUAAUAAACUCAAAUAAACUUAAACAAACUUAAAUAAACUUAAACACACUUAAAUAAAAUUUAACAAACUUAAAUAAACUUAAAUUAUAUGAACUUUAGUGAAUUUAAUGAACUUUAAUAAACUCAAAUAAACUUAAACAAACUUAAAUAAACUUAAACACACUUAAAUAAAAUUUAACAAACUUAAAUAAACUUGAAUUAUAUGAACUUUAGUGAAUUUAAUGGACUUUAAUAAACUUAAAUAAACUUAAAUAAACUUAUAUAAACUUAAACAAACUUAAAUAAAAUUUAACAAACUUAAAUAAACUUGAAUUAUAUGAACUUUAGUGAAUUUAAUGGACUUUAAUAAACUUAAAUAAACUUAAAUAAACUUAUAUAAACUUAAAUAAACUUAAAUAAACUUAAAUAAACUUAUAUAAACUUUAAUAAACUUAAAUAAACUUAUAAAAACUUUAAUAAACUUAAAUAAACUUAAAUAAACUUAAAUAAACUUAUAUAAACUUUAAUAAACUUAAAUAAACUUAUAAAAACUUUAAUAAACUCAAAUAAACUUAAACAAACUUAAAUAAACUUAAAUAAACUUAAAUAAACUUAAAUAAACUUAAACAAACUUAAAUAAACUUAAACACACUUAAAUAAAAUUUAACAAACUUAAAUAAACUUGAAUUAUAUGAACUUUAGUGAAUUUAAUGGACUUUAAUAAACUUAAAUAAACUUAUAUAAACUUAAACAAACUUAAAUAAAAUUUAACAAACUUAAAUAAACUUGAAUUAUAUGAACUUUAGUGAAUUUAAUGGACUUUAAUAAACUUAAAUAAACUUAAAUAAACUUAAAUAAACUUAAAUAAACUUAUAUAAACUUUAAUAAACUUAAAUAAACUUAAAUAAACUUAUAAAAACUUUAAUAAACUCAAAUAAACUUAAACAAACUUAAAUAAACUUAAACACACUUAAAUAAAAUUUAACAAACUUAAAUAAACUUAAAUUAUAUGAACUUUAGUGAAUUUAAUGAACUUUAAUAAACUCAAAUAAACUUAAACAAACUUAAAUAAACUUAAACACACUUAAAUAAAAUUUAACAAACUUAAAUAAACUUGAAUUAUAUGAACUUUAGUGAAUUUAAUGGACUUUAAUAAACUUAAAUAAACUUAAAUAAACUUAUAUAAACUUAAACAAACUUAAAUAAAAUUUAACAAACUUAAAUAAACUUGAAUUAUAUGAACUUUAGUGAAUUUAAUGGACUUUAAUAAACUUAAAUAAACUUAAAUAAACUUAUAUAAACUUAAAUAAACUUAAAUAAACUAAAUAAACUUAUAUAAACUUUAAUAAACUUAAAUAAACUUAUAAAAACUUUAAUAAACUUAAUACUUAAAUAAAAAUAAACUUAAAUAAACUUAAAUAAACUUAUAUAAACUUUAAUAAACUUAAAUAAACUUAUAAAAACUUUAAUAAACUCAAAUAAACUUAAACAAACUUAAAUAAACUUAAAUAAACUUAAAUAAACUUAAAUAAACUUAAACAAACUUAAAUAAACUUAAACACACUUAAAUAAAAUUUAACAAACUUAAAUAAACUUGAAUUAUAUGAACUUUAGUGAAUUUAAUGGACUUUAAUAAACUUAAAUAAACUUAUAUAAACUUAAACAAACUUAAAUAAAAUUUAACAAACUUAAAUAAACUUGAAUUAUAUGAACUUUAGUGAAUUUAAUGGACUUUAAUAAACUUAAAUAAACUUAAAUAAACUUAAAUAAACUUAAAUAAACUUAUAUAAACUUUAAUAAACUUAAAUAAACUUAAAUAAACUUAUAAAAACUUUAAUAAACUCAAAUAAACUUAAACAAACUUAAAUAAACUUAAACACACUUAAAUAAAAUUUAACAAACUUAAAUAAACUUAAAUUAUAUGAACUUUAGUGAAUUUAAUGAACUUUAAUAAACUCAAAUAAACUUAAACAAACUUAAAUAAACUUAAACACACUUAAAUAAAAUUUAACAAACUUAAAUAAACUUGAAUUAUAUGAACUUUAGUGAAUUUAAUGGACUUUAAUAAACUUAAAUAAACUUAAAUAAACUUAUAUAAACUUAAACAAACUUAAAUAAAAUUUAACAAACUUAAAUAAACUUGAAUUAUAUGAACUUUAGUGAAUUUAAUGGACUUUAAUAAACUUAAAUAAACUUAAAUAAACUUAUAUAAACUUAAAUAAACUUAAAUAAACUUAAAUAAACUUAUAUAAACUUUAAUAAACUUAAAUAAACUUAAAUAAACUUAUAAAAACUUUAAUAAACUUAAAUAAACUUAAAUAAACUUAAAUAAACUUAUAUAAACUUUAAUAAACUUAAACAAACUUAAAUAAACUUAUAAAAACUUUAAUAAACUUAAAUAAACUUAAAUAAACUUUAAUAAACUUUAAUAAACUUAAAUAAACUUAAACUGAAAUGAACUUCAAUAAAAUUAGAAGACCUUUAAUAAACUUUUAUGGAGCUGAAAUGAACUCGAGUGACCUUUCAUGAAGCUCCUCUUCAGUGUUUUUGUGUUCGUUGCGCACAGUGACCAGCAGGUGGAGCUGUUUCCUUGUUUUUGGUUGUAAUCAUCAGUCAUUUCUGUGCAGGACUUGGACCCUCGCUGGUAUGUCGGUAAAGUGACCCGAGGUCAGGCGGAGGGAUGUCUGAAGAGAGUCAACAAGGUAACUAAAGGUCAACGACCUCUUAGUUCAGCAGCUUCAGUACAGGUACUACAGUACAGGUACUACAGUACAGGUACUACAGUACAGGUACUUUAAUCCUGGAGUACUGGAUUAGGAAGUUAUCAGGUGUGGAUAAGACCCCCCCCCUCAUAUAUCUAAAAAUACCUGUGUGUGUGUGUGUGUGUGUGUGUGUGUGUGUGUGUGUGUGUGUGGAGGACGGGGCGUAUCUGGUGAGGGACUCGACGCGGCAGCUGGCCAACCAACCGUUCACCCUGAUGGUCUUCUACCAGGACAAAGUCUUCAACAUCCAGAUCAGACAGCAGAACCACCAGUUCCUGCUGGGAACCGGACUCAAAGUCCAGGAGGUAAGCGUGAUGGUCACAUGACGGGCGACCGUGGAGGAGCUGCAGGUUUAGAGCUCCUGUGACCUUCAGAGAAGGUUCAAGAAAAACUCUGGAGAAGAUUCAGAGACUCAAAGAUCUUCAGUGAGAGAGGCGAGAAACGUACCAGGAAAACCCCUAUAACAGUACGUGUGUGUGUGUCUGUGUCUGUGUGUGUGUGUCUGUGUGUGUGUGUGUGUGUCUCUGUGUGUGUGUGUGUGUGUCUGUGUGUGUGUGUCUGUGUGUGUCUGUGUGUGUCUGUGUCUGUCUGUGUGUCUGUGUGUGUGUGUGUGUCUGUGUGUGUGUCUGUGUGUCUGUCUGUGUGUGUGUGUGUGUCUGUGUGUGUGUGUGUGUGUCUGUGUGUGUCUGUGUGUGUGUGUCUGUGUCUGUCUGUGUGUGUGUGUCUGUGUGUCUGUGUGUGUGUGUGUCUGUGUGUGUCUGUGUGUGUGUGUGUGUGUGUGUGUGUGUGUGUGUGUGUGUGUGUGUCUCUGUGUGUGUGUGUGUGUGUCUGUGUGUGUGUGUCUGUGUGUGUCUGUGUGUGUCUGUGUCUGUCUGUGUGUCUGUGUGUGUGUGUGUGUCUGUGUGUGUGUCUCUGUGUCUGUCUGUGUGUGUGUGUGUGUCUGUGUGUGUGUGUGUGUGUCUGUGUGUGUCUGUGUGUGUGUGUCUGUGUGUGUGUGUGUGUGUGUCUGUGUGUGUGUGUGUGUGUGUCCGCAGACCUUCCCCUCCGUCAGUGACAUCAUCGGUCAUUAUUCCCGCUCUCCUCUUCUCCUCAUCGACGCCAAAAAUCGACGCUCCAGCCAGCAGAACCAGUGCCUGCUGUCUGACCCGGCCGGGUUCAACGUGACCCGACAGAACUGGUCCUGACCGGAUCCAUCAGCCUGGACUGAACCGGACUGAGUGUGUUUCCUGUUUCCUGUUUGUUGUUCUGUCGAAGUUUCAUGGAUCCGGUUUUUCAUCGAUCUCAUGAUCUGGUUCAAAUAUCCUGUUUACGAUUUAAUCUGAUUCAAAAUCACGAAUCAUCACGACAGGUUCCGUCCUGAAUUUUCGUGUAAAUCUGCGUCAGUGAAGACGGUCCGAUAAACGCCGUCUCUCCUCUCUUCGUCUUCACUCGUCGUAAACCGAAACGCUCCAGCCUCCAGAUUUACGGACCCGUUCAGUCCUCGCUUCACGCUGCCGUCUCGCCUCAGACUCCAGGAUCCGUCACUUUUAGGACGUGAACAUGUCACACGUCAUCUAACUGCGAUCUUUAGCGAGCGUUAGGCUAACGUAGUUUCUCAGUUCGUCGGUAUCUGAGUUUUGAGCGACAGAUCGUACACACACUUUCUUUUCUUCAUCGGCGCUCUCAGACGUGGUCGCUCUCCGCCAUGUUCUUUCUUUAUUUGCUGUCGCUCUUUGCAGGAAUUUGUCCCUUCAGGGUUUCCGUCAGCUGCUGUGAUUCUGUCUGUGGACUGAAGACGAGACCCUCUGAGUGUAACGUUUAUUAAUUAAUAAUAAUAAUAAUUAUCGAUCAGAAAAUUGGGGGUUACUCUGUUCUUUCAUGUCUGUAAAGUCCGACAGAACGACCCGCCGCGGUUCAGGAGUUCAGGAGUCGAGCAGCUCCGUGUGGUCGCAUAAAUAAACGUUUAUUUUCAGGAAAUCAAACUGUCCGUCCUGCUGCUCUGAUCCUGAAACACUGUGUCUGUUUGUUUGUUUGUUUGUUUGUUUGUUUGUUUGUCUGUUUGUUUGUUUGUUUGUUUGUUUGUGUUUCUCUGUAAAGGUGUCAGCUGUCAGUAUUUGCUUCAUUAAAACCUCCUGAAAACAU